UCUACUGCAUUAUUAAUAAAAUAAAAUAAAUUAUAAAUAAAUGUACAAAGUGCACACAGCCAAAGUGUUUUGUGCGGUUUUAUUUAUUUAAUUCAGUGUGAUUCGGUGAAGUGCACUACGAAUUGCAGUCCAAGAAAAUACUCCCAUACCCAGCCAGUCCACCAUUUUUAUUUUCUUUGUUUAUUUUGUGUUCAUCUUUCGUCGUUGCACUGCUAGCGCACCACGCAUGUGUGUGUGCGUGUAAGUACAUUGCUUGUUGGGAAUGUUUAAAUAGGAAAAUAAACAAAUCGCUGAUUACUACAUAGGCGCGGCGUCCUAAAAGUGAUCCACAGAAUCUCCGUUGCAAGUUCAAAAAGCAACAAGAAAAGCCAUCACGGAAAAAAUGAAAUGAGUUGAUAACGCAAGCGCAGGAAUUCGGGUGUGCGAGAGUGUGUGCGCACACAGCCUGCUGCAAUGGCAAGCCAUGGCAGUGUUGGUGUUUCGGUUGCCGGUUGCAAUAACAACGGUACUGGUGCCGGUGCUGGAGUUGGAGGCGGAGGCACUACCAAUGGCGUUAAUCACACUCAUGCUGUUUGCGUUUGGGAGUUUGAAUCCCGUGGGGGCAAGUGGUUGCCCUAUUCACCAGCCGUGUCCCAGCAUCUAGAACGGGCGCAUGCCAAGAAAUUGACACGCGUUAUGCUUAGUGAUGCUGAUCCCAGCCUGGAGCAGUACUAUGUGAACGUUCGCACCAUGACCCAGGAAUCGGACACGGAUUCGGAGGCGGGUCUGCUUACGAUUGGUGUGCGGCGCAUGUUCUAUGCGCCCAGCUCGCCAGCGGGCAAGGGCACCAAAUGGGAAUGGUCCGGUGGUAGUGCGGAUAGCAACAGUGAUUGGCGGCCCUACAAUAUGCAUGUGCAAUGCAUUAUUGAGGAUGCUUGGGCACGGGGCGAGCAGACGUUGGAUUUGUGCAACACCAACCUUGGCUUGCCAUACACCAUUAACUUUUGCAAUCUGACGCAAAUACGCCAACCCAGUGGACCCAUCCGGAGUAUACGCCGCACGCAGCAGGCUCCCUAUCCAUUGGUUAAGCUGACGCCACAACAGGCAUUGCAGUUCAAGGCGAGUAAUAACAACUGCAAUGACUAUGGUCAGAAACGCAACACACUGCCCAAAAUUGGAGCAGGUCUGGGUGCGGAAACCAAUUCCCUGCAUCGCAGCAUUUUGCCUAUGAGCAGCAGUACCUUACACCAUCGCCAGCAACAUCCGUUGCCCACGUCUGUGACAGCAGGCUCAUCCUCGAGCAGUUCAUCGUUGAACAGUCAUCAUCAUGCACACCACAACCAUCAACAGCAGCAACAUCAUCACGCUCAUCAGCAGCAACAGCAUCAGCAGCAACAUCAUCAUCAACAGCAAGCAACAUCGCGAAAGCCGAACAAAAAGCAUAGUGAAAUCUCAACAACGAAUCUGCGACAGAUACUAAAUAAUCUGAAUAUAUUUGGGAGCAGCACUAAGCACACAUCCAUGACUACCGCCUCCUCCUCAUCUUCAUCGGCCUCGUUGUCCACGCAUACGACCAACUCAUCGCUGCAUCAUCACAUGCCGCACUUCUCGCAUGGCAAAAAUAUGUUAACCUCUUCCAUGAAUAGCCAUCAUAGUCGCUGCUCGGAAGGCUCGCUGCAAUCUCAGCGCAGCAGUCGCCUGGGAUCACAUCGUUCGCGAUCACGCACACGCGCCUCCGACACCGACACGAACAGCAUGAAGUCGCAUCGUCGACGUCCUAGCGUCGAUACCGUUUCGACGUACCUCAGCCACGAGAGCAAGGAGAGCUUGCGUAGCCGUAAUUUUGCCAUAUCUGUGAAUGAUCUGCUCGACUGUUCGUUGGGCAGUGAUGAGGUUUUUGUGCCAUCGUUGCCGCCAUCAUCCCUUGGCGAACGGGCGCCCGUGCCGCCACCGUUGCCGCACCAUCAACAUCAGCAACAUCAGCAGCAACAGCACCAACAGCAGCAACAACAGCAACAGCAGCAAUCAAUCGCUGGUUCGAUUGUGGGCGUAGACCCAGCCAGCGACAUGAUAUCGCGGUUUGUCAAGGUUGUAGAGCCGCCUCUUUGGCCAAAUGCCCAGCCCUGUCCCAUGUGUAUGGAAGAGUUGGUACAUUCAGCCCAAAAUCCCGCCAUAUCGUUGAGUCGUUGUCAGCAUCUAAUGCAUUUGCAGUGUCUCAAUGGCAUGAUUAUAGCCCAGCAAAGUGAUCUGAACAAGAAUCUCUUCAUCGAGUGUCCGGUGUGUGGCAUUGUCUAUGGCGAAAAAGUGGGCAAUCAACCAAUUGGCAGCAUGUCCUGGAGCAUUAUUAGCAAAAGUUUGCCCGGCCACGAGGGUCAAAAUACCAUACAAAUUGUUUACGACAUUGCCUCGGGACUACAAACUGCUGAGCAUCCUCAUCCGGGCCGUGCUUUCUUCGCUGUCGGGUUUCCACGCGUCUGUUACUUGCCCGAUUGCCCAUUGGGUCGAAAGGUGCUGCGUUUUCUUAAGAUCGCGUUCGACAGACGUCUGCUAUUCUCGAUUGGGCGUUCGGUUACCACUGGACGUGAGGAUGUGGUCAUUUGGAAUAGCGUCGAUCACAAGACACAAUUCAAUAUGUUUCCCGAUCCCACCUAUUUGCAGCGCACAAUGCAGCAGUUGGUGCAUUUGGGCGUUACGGACUGAAUGUAUAACUAUUCCCCGGAACUCUCGCCUAUCCUGCUUGCUUCGUAAAAACUCUCCUUAAACAUACAUAAAUGUGUAUUGUAUCCCCUACUUGCUAAAUCUCAGUGUGUGUGCAAUCUUCUAUACAUAUGCAUAUUUAUGUCCGCCAGUGUUCGAGCUGCUCGAACCCUAAACUCCCAUUAACUGCAAUCGUAAGCAGGCGCCAGCGUCACCUUACAAUAUUGGUUGCGCUGCAAUUUUUUGGCCUAGUUAUUUUUUUUAUAUAUAUACAUAUAUACUAUUAUUAUUAUUAUUAUUUUUGUGUGUGUUUUUAAACAUGUUCUUCCAUCGGUAGCUCAUAGGUUUCUCAUAAGUUUUGUGUUAUGUUUCUUUCGCUAUUACGUAAGAACAUUUCCAUUUCCAAUUAUCAAUAUGUCUUUGUUUCUGUUUGGGCAGCUGUAUGAAACUCUCAGCACACCUAUUGCAUACAAAUUCAUAAUAAUAGUAUUUAGUUAACGUAUGUACGUUAGGCUAAGGAUUCCAUUACAUUUUCUCAUAUCAUAUAUACGAUACAUUCAUGCAGAAAUACAUGCAUUCACAUUUAUGUAUUCAAAUGCUGCCCAUUCCCAUCAUUAUAUAUUGAUAGUAAUCAUAAGACACAAGCACACAUCGCAUAUGUACAUAUACAUAUAUACAAGUUCAUAUGUAUGCCGUAUUGUACUGUAUUGUAUUUUAAGCUGUGCCAAAAUUGUAACAUUUUUGUUGAACGUUUUCUUCCCUCGUAAGUCUAUUUAACAAUUAUUAUUGUGUAGAGUCUUUUUAUUUGGCCACUUCCAUUAGUUUUUAAGCACUUUAAAGUAUACAUGUGCAUGAGAAAUUGAUUUGUGAUUUCAUUUUGAAUUUAAUUGUCUAUGCAGACGCAAUUUUAUGCAUUAAUGACUACAUACAUACAUACAUAAAUACACACAUAUAUACACACAUACUACUUACAUAAUAUGUAAUUGUAUUUCAUCAUGAUUUUUUGUUGCUUUCAUAUUGAUAUCAUCAGGACAUUUUAAAGUUUUAAAACAGCUAGCGGGCAGGCAGCGCAAGCAGCCCCCGGCAUUUUAGAUAACUAAGCUGUAUUUAGCACUGAUUAGUUUUUAGAGAAAUCAUUAAUAUUAUAUACGCCUAAGCUAUAUAGUUCAAAUAAAAAUUUCAUCAAUUUUA